UUCGCGGGGUUGGAUACACAGGACGUGCGUGGGUCACGACUGCGUGAACGCUACAGCCCUAGCUCGCCGAAAAUUUGCUUUCAUAAACCCUUCAGCUGUGACAGAAGGCCCCUGACAGUGUGGCUCCUCAUUAGUGUGAAACUCACUUUCAUGCGAAAAAUCACCUACUACCUCUCCUUAUGAAGAAGACACAACAUACUAUAAUCUAGGAAAAAAAAUCCGUUUAAUAGGAAGAACCACUAAAGAGUUUCCGCGACCGUAAUAAGAGGGAGAGGGAGAGGUGAGCAGAAGUUUCAUCAUCCGUCGUGGAACCGGGAGAUUAAUGACUUCGCCGCCAGUCACGCUCAGCUUCCGCUUCUGAUCAAUGUUGAUCUUUCCAUCUCAAAUUUCUUAGAAAGUGUGAAUGCCUUGCAGCAUUGAUCAUCCAUCAUACGCUCUUAAGAUGAUCGACACAAGCAACCAGAGAGAAGGGCAAUCCAAGAGUCGACCUUGCCAUAUAUUGCCUUCAUGUAAUGAGGACAGCAUAAACAGCAGCCGUGCCGGCACCAGCACAGAGAAGUAUGGCCUGCGACCCAGAACUAUCAUCAAGCGUCUGCAGCUGGACCGGGGCCACCAACAGGUUUCCAAGGAACCCAAAGGCCUGGCGCAUCCCAAGUCGAGGCCGGCGCCGCUCUCAAAGUAUCGCAGGAAGACAGCCAACGCUCGGGAGCGGCAUCGCAUGCGAGAGAUCAACAACGCCUUCGAGUCACUGCGGCGCGUGCUGCCGGACAAAAUUGAGAUGGAAGCGGCCUCGUCCAGCAGGACUAAGAUCACCACGCUGCGUCUCGCCGCUGACUAUAUCAGAGCCCUGAACGACGUGCUGCAGGAGGAUGGUGGCGAGGCGCUCUGCUCCCUGCAAUGCAGCGCGCAGAACACCCUCCUGCGAGUGGCGCCAGUCCCGCCCCGCCACCACCUGCUGCCGCUGGACUAUUACUCCCCCGCCACCCACAUGGCCCCCUCUGCCUCGCGAGGCUCACUCAGCACCAGCAGCUGCAGUGACUUGGAGGACCUCCUUUCAGACGACUCCUGCAGCCUCCUCGACGACAACUUCGACGUGUUUCACUUCUCGAACUUAUCUCUUCCAGAUCCAUCAGAGCUUCUCCUGGGAGAGGAAAAAGACAAUAUUGCCUUUAAUACGCAAUUGUGUAAUUGAGCAAUGACGUUUGACUUCUAGUGAUGUUGUGAUACAUGUGUGUGGACUGAGAAGACAGUAAAAACUUACUUGUGACCUGACUAAUGUCCACUUUUCUUUUUUUUACCUCCAGGUUAUCAUGAUUCCAUUUACACAAUACACACACACACACACACACACACACACACACACACAC